AUGGCAGACUCUGGUUCCAGUAUCAACAUUCUGGAUGAGCAAGAUUACAACAAGCUCUCCCCACGACCGAGUUUGGAGCAAACACGCAUCAAAGUCUAUCCUUACCAGACCGAGACACCCCUACCCGUCCUUGGGCAAUUUACCUCCACCGUCGCAUCGGAAACAGUCAACCGUACAGAGACAUUCUAUGUUGUGAAAGGAACCAGUGGGUCAUUGCUUAGCUGGCGCACUUCUACCGACCUGCAGCUACUCAAAGUCGUAAAGCCCAUUACACAUCAAACCCUUCCCACCGUUGAACAGCUCACCACCCAAUACCAGGACUUGUUCCAAGGACUCGGCAAGUUGAAAGAUUACCAAGUUCAGCUUCAUAUUGACGAAGGUGUACCACCAGUUGCCCAACCACACCGACGCGUGCCGUUCCAUUUGCGCAAACAACUUGAGGAACAGCUAAGUCAGGACGAAAAACUGGGUGUAAUCGAACGCGUGGAGGGCCCAACCCCCUGGGUAUCACCCAUUGUUGUGGCACCAAAGCCCAAGUCACCCGGAAAGGUCCGUGUAUGCGUUGACAUGCGUCGUGCAAACACAGCAGUCCAGCGUGAACGCCACAUCACCCCAACGAUCAAGGAAAUCAUCGGCGAUUUGAAUGGUGCAACUGUCUUUAGCAAACUCGACCUCAACCAGGGUUACAACCAACUAGAACUAGCCCCGGAAUCCAGGUACAUUACCACCUUCAGCACCCACCUUGGGCUCAUGCGCUACAAGCGACUCAACUUUGGAAUAUCUAGUGCCGCCGAAAUCUUUCAGAACGCCAUCCGCGAGAGUCUUGACGGCAUCCCGGGCGCAAUUAACAUCAGCGACGACAUACUCGUUUUUGGCAAGACCCAGAAGGAGCAUGAUCAAGCACUCGCAGCAGUGUUUCAGCGGCUUCGAGAACGCGGGCUGACCUUGAACAAACUCAAGUGCGAGUACAGCAAAAACAGCCUUGAGUUCUUCGGGUACGUUUUUGGUGCGGAUGGCAUGGCCCCCGAUCCAAAGAAAGUCCAAGAUAUCCUAAACCUCAAAGCUCCAACGUCAGUCACAGAAGUCCGUAGCCUGCUAGGCAUGACCAACUACUGUGCACGAUUCGUCGAGGGAUAUGCCACAAUUACUGAACCUCUGCGAGCCCUUACCCACAAGAACCAUGCCUGGGAGUGGAUGGACAAGCAGGAACAUGCCCUGGCCCAGCUCCGGCAUGUGUUGGCCAAUGCACCUGUCACAGCGUACUUCAACCCUGAGAAAACAACUGAAAUCUUUGUUGAUGCAAGCCCGGUUGGGCUGGGCGCCAUCUUAGCGCAAAUCAAUCCCACAACCAAAGUCAAGCGUAUCAUUGCAUAUGCCAGCCGGUCUCUGACCACCACCGAGCAACGCUACAGCCAGACUGAGCGCGAAGCCCUCGCUGUAGUAUGGGCAUGUGAACACUUUCACCUCUACAUUUACGGCAAGCCAGUCAAUGCCUACACAGACCACAAGCCCCUCGUUGCUAUCUAUGGCAACACGAACUCGAAACCACCUGCUCGCAUCGAAAGAUGGGCACUCAGACUUCAACCAUACCAGACCACCGUGUAUUACCGAAAAGGAGAAGAAAAUCCUGCAGACUAUAUGUCUAGGCACCCUUCCAGUCACACCGAACCCUGCAGCAGACAGGAAAAAGUUGCUGAAGAGUACAUAAAUUACAUUGCCACAACUUCAACACCAACUGCACUCACCCUCAGCAUGAUUGCAGAGGCCACAGGACGUGACCCAACCCUCCGUGCCGUCAUAGACGCCGUUCAAUCAGGCAAGUGGCAUGAACUAGCCAAGCAUCCAAAGGUCGACACUGACACAUUUCACACAUACGUCAUUCGUGGAACGAAAUUAGUGAUUCCAAACAAGCUACAACGUCGCGUCGUGGACUUGGCUCACGAAGGUCACCAAGGCAUUACCAAAACCAAAUCCCUACUACGAGAGAAGGUGUGGUUCCCCGGAAUCAACAAAAUGGUCGAAGAACGAGUAAAAUCCUGUCUCGCAUGCCAAGUUGCAACCCCGGAGGCAGCACGUGAGCCGUUACAAAUGUUUAUUCUGCCCGAUCAAGCGUGGGACGAGAUAAGCGUUGACUUUGCUGAACUCUCAACAGGGGACUACCUCUUGGUAGUAUCUGACGACUACUCACGCUAUCCAAUCGUUGAAGUUAUUCGUUCAGUGGCAGCCCAAGCUGUAAUUCCUAAACUCCAACACAUCUUUUCACAAUUUGGCAUUCCAGGAAUUCUGAAAUCCGAUAACGGUCCGCCGUUCAACUCCGAAGCCUUUGCAACUUUCGCCGCUAACCUGGGAUUUACCCACAGAAAGAUCACUCCCUAUUGGCCAAGAGCCAACGGCGAAGUAGAGCGGUUCAUGAGGACGGUAAAGAAGAUCGUGAAGAUUGCACUUACACAGCAGAAACCAUGGCGAGAAGAACUAACCAACUUCCUUUGGAACUUCAGAGCUACACCACACAGCUCAACUGGAAAGGCCCCAGCAACAGCCUUCUUCAAUCGCCAACUCCGAACGAAGCUACCCGAUGUACACACCAAUGCACGGGACCCAGCCGAGAUCCAAGAGACGGACCAGAAAGCCAAAAGAAAGAUGAAGAAAUAUGCUGACUCGAAAGCAUAUGUCAAGCCAUCAAGAGUACGACCUGGCGAUACCGUGGUCCUAAAGCGUGAUCCCUCACAUCGAAAGUCCGAAACCCCGUAUGAACCAAAGCCAUACAAAGUAAUCAGCUGCAAAGGCUCGAUGGUAACCGCCACGCGAGGAGAAAAGACAGUGACCAGAAACUCAUCGUUCUUCAAGCUCGUCAGACAACAAGAUGAACCAACGGAAGGCGACUCAACCGAUGGAGAACAUGAUAACCUCGAAGACACGGACGGUGAACCAGACAACACUGCACAGGCUGAGGAACAGCAACAAGAACCUCACCGUUAUCCUCAACGCGUUUGA